CCAACUGCAAUCAUUUCUAAAGAGGAGUCAUUCUACAUUCAUGUAAUUUCCAAAAUGCCGUCCUUGGCAUAUGUGAUGUUAAAGUGGGCUAGCAGCCCGCGGGCCUUAACGGGCUCAGUAUAAAAAUUUAAGCCCGUGACUCGUUCGUUUAUCUACACUAACCUUUUUUUUUUUGGGCAAAAUCUACACUAACCUAAACGGGUAUUUUCUGAUUUUUUUGUGCUUCGUUUCUCAAUUUCUAUAGAAGCUGUGACGUCGAUUCAUUUUUGAUUGAAUGAUAUAGUUACGAUAUAGUUUAUCACCGUCCUCUGGGAAAGAGCACGUUAGAGAGGAGGUUGUACAACUAGGAGUUGAUCUCUCUGUCUCUCUAGCUAAUUCCAUGUUCUUGCUGUGUGAUGACAUUCAUACCAUGUUGUGGUUCUGCUUUAAGCUCUUCAAGUAUACAUUACCUCCCUCUGAUCCUGUGUUAGAAAGGCUGCUUCGUGUUGUUCACUAUGUCUACUCAACGGAUAUCAAACCCAAGAACAGAGCUUGUCCCGAUGAUGGCAACUCGGUCCAAUGGGAACUGGUCAGGACCACUUGGAAGGACUUUACCGACGGGAUCAUUAUUCUGAGUCGCCUUGUUUUGCGUCUCAGGAAGAAAGAUUGCUCUUUCGAUGAUCGGCUGUUGUCUUCUGCUAUUGCAAAAUACAAGCAACAAGUGCUGAAGAAGCUAGAAGAUAAAUUGAUGUCCGCAAAAGAUGUUUCAGAGCUUAAUGGUUUUGAGAAGGAGACAGUAGCGUAUAACGUUUCUGACCUGUGGAAGUCUCUCUUUGACGAAGAAGCUGGCGAAUCAACUCCUGAAGUGGCGAGGAGUAGGAUCCAUAGCGACCUGUUUCAGCCUAUUUCGGGGGACUCCUGCCAUGGCGAGAUACCGGCACUACCCGUUUAUCCUCCUUACAUUCUAGGGGCUGAAUUUGCAAGGCAGGAGCUUAUAGAGGAGGUUGUGCAACUAGGAGUUGAGCUCUCGCUAUAUGUUGCUGAGUCGAUGUUCUUGCUGUGUGAUGAAAUUCGUAGUGUGUUACAGUUCUGCUCGAACUUAUGGAGAAGGGUUAAAAGGGACCCGGAAGUUGGUAGUCCCGCAGGGGAAAGGCUGCUUCGUGUUAUUCAUCAUGUCUACUCGAGAUAUAUCAAACCAAAGAAUGGAGUGUAUCAUAUUGGUGGCAAGUCGGUCCAAUGGGAUUUGAUCAGGGCGACUUUUGAGGAUUUUGAUGCUGGAAUGAGAGAUAUGCACAAUCUUUUUUUAAUUCUCGAAGUAAAGGGAACCUGGGCAAAUGGCCGAGAGUAUACCUCUAGUGUUGAAGAAGUUCUGAAGAAGUUAGGUGGGAAGUUGAGGUGUGCCAAGGAUGUUUCAGAGGCGAAUGGGUUUGCGAGGGAAGCGAUGAAGUCUAACAUUUUGGACAUGUGGAAGUCUCUUUUUGACAGAGAAACAGUGGAAGUAGCAUGGACUCGUAAAGUGAGGAGGGAAGAGAUUCUUUCUGACCUGUUUCAGCCUCUGUUGAAAGAAAACGAAGAAGCAAAACAACAUUAGCCUACUAGCAGCCAGCAGGUGUCUUCUUGCUUCUAUAUAUCGUCGGAGUAGUGGUCCCUUUAUUUUCUUCAGUUGAUUUAAUUUGUCAAGUGCAUGUUUAUUUGAUUAAUCAAGUGCUUAAU